UACUAGGGGUGUUGUGUUCAACUGUUUUCAAUGUUCACCAGUGUUCCUCUUCUAUGUUUAUUUUGUGGUCACACUAAUUUCUUGUUUCAUUUAAAUAUUUUUAUUUUUAAUUUAACAGCAAUUUAGAAUGUCUGUUCUUGCCUUAGUGAUAGUUAAUUCUGAUAAUUAUCCGGUUUUCAUAAAAACUCGCCAUGAUUAUGAUAAAAGUAAAAUGAGUGCUGAAGAAAACAUGAAUAUACUUUACAAUAUGAAUGCCACAUUGGACAUUAUUGAAGAAAGACAAGGUCAAAACCAGAAUCGUGACCCAUAUCUAGGUCUCCUCAAUCAAUGUGAAAGCUAUAAGAUCUAUGGACUUCUAUCUGCCACCAGAAUCAAGAUACUUUUGAUGGUAUCUACUAAUGUCAGUGUAAUGUUCAGAGAUAGUGAAGCUCGGAGUACGCUCAAGCAACUGUAUUCAUCCUACAUCGAUGUGACAACUUACAAUCCUUUCUAUUGUCCUGGAAGUGAAGUCCAAUCAAAAAAACUAGAGGAGCUUGUCAAAAGUGUGUUUGGUUUAACAGCUGAUUACAAUCGUUGAACUUAUUUAGCUUAUAUUUUUUUAUAUUUUAAUAUAUUAAUGUUGUUGAUACUCGAAUAAUAACAUAUGACUUUAAUAACUAUAUGAAGCUAAAACCAAUUACUGUUUAAAUCAUUCCUAUGGAGAAACGAUCAUCAAUACUUCACUUGUGAAAUUAAAGGAUGCAUAGCAUGGAGACUGGAACAAUGAUAAACACAAGAAACGUCAAUAUUACCAUCAUCCAUCUCAAUUAUUUAACUGUUGCUCUAUGUUUAAAUUUACAACCAACCCUGGAAGUAAAAAUGUAUAAGGGUUUUUUCAUAAUCAGAUUUUUGGGCUAACUAUUAACACUCGAGACUACAGUAAAGAAAGGAGAAAUGUUUAA